CGGCUCUGCAGUUCGAGCUAUUAGCUUUUCUGCUUAAAUCUUGCUGUCAUCGCGAAUAUACCAAAACCCUAGCGGCUUCUUUACUGCGGUGACAAUGGCUAAGAAGAGGAAGCAUGAGGAGGCCUCAGAGGAGGGUCGGAAGAAAGAUGAGGUCGCACCAGAAAGGCCAAAAAGGACUCUUACAGCGUGGAAAAGCGAACAAUUGGAGAAGCAGAACGAUGCUCCUGUUUUCAGGAACAAGGAGAAGGUUUUGAUAACUUGCUCUCGUCGAAUCAUAUCUAGAUAUCGGCAUUUGAUGCUAAAUAUGGUGGCACUGCUGCCACACUCUAAGAAGGAUAACAAGGUAGAGUCAGAGGAUAGCAAGGGAGCUACACUUAAUGAAUUGGUCGAGUUCAGGAACUGCACGUAUUGCCUGUUCUUUGAGUGCAGAAAGCAGAAAGAUCUUUACCUUUGGAUGGCUAGGUCGCCGGAUGGCCCUUCUGUGAAAUUUUUGGUAAAUGCUGUGCACACAAUGGAGGAGCUCAAGCUUACUGGAAAUCAUCUUAAAGGAUCUCGGCCAAUUUUGACUUUCUCUUCCAAUUUUGACAAAGAACCUCGUUGGAUGCUUAUAAAAGAAAUGAUAACACAGAUUUUUGGAACGCCAAAAGAUCAUCGAAAAGCCAAACCAUUUCAUGACCAUAUAUUUGCAUUUUCAAUCGUUGACAAUCAUAUAUGGUUUCGGAAUUUCCAGGUAUCUGUUCCUCAUAACGAGACUGAUAAAAUGGAUCGCGGAGGCUUGGAUAAAAUGACUCUCAUUGAGGUUGGUCCAAGAUUUUGUCUGAAUCCUAUCAAGAUUUUUGGAGGAAGCUUUGGUGGACCAACUUUAUAUUCAAACCCGCUUUACAUAUCGCCAAAUCAGAUUCGGGCAAUGGAGAAAAGGAAGAAAGCGGGGAAAUAUGUGAAGAAAGUCAAGGCUAAGACCAGGAGGAAGAUGCAUGAACUUGAGAAUCCAUUGGAGCCCGAUGAGUUUGCAGAUCUCUGGAAGGAAUGACCACUUGGUAAUAUAUGCUGGCAAUGAAAUUGUUUUCACCCCCAAACUUUUCAUCAUACAGCUUAAAUUAUGUCAGUCUUCCUGUGGGAAAUAAUGCUUUUCAGUUGAUGAACUCGAGCAAUUGCAGAGUAUCAAUUUUGUUCUCUCCCUAAGAAUUUGUGCAUUAUUAGCAUUUCAAUGAAUUGAAGAGUUUGAUUAAUGUGAUUUCAGAAAGAAUGGCAAUGAUAGUUUGAGUCAA